GCAUGUCCGAUCUACUAAGCGCAAAUCUGUCUCCAAAAUGGCUACCGCUAGCCUCCUCCGAAGGGUCCUCGUCCUGCUGACGUUGUUUUGUGUCAAUGACGUUCGGAGUGUGAAGUUAAAAUCAGACGAACACACUCCCUGGACCAACGAAUUUGAAACUGUGGAGCUCUCCUGUGUCAUUGAGUCCAUCUCGUCGCCCAGUCCUCGGAUCGAAUGGAAGAAGAUCAAAGAAGGAAACCCAAGCUACGUGUACUUCCAAGGCAGAAUCUCAGGUGACCUGGAGAACCGUGCGCGCCUGAGAGAACCGGCAUCGCUGGUCAUCGAGAACGCCAGUCGCACAGACACAGCACAGUAUCGCUGUGAAGUCACCGCCCCGGACGACCAGCGCAGCUUCGCUGAACUGCUCAUCGAUUUGGUGGUCCGAGUGAAGCCUGUAAUGCCCAAAUGUGCCGUCCCGACCGCUGUUCCGGUCGGGAAGCCAGCAGAAUUCCUCUGCUCCGAGGAGGAGGGUUUUCCCAGGCCAAAGUUCCAGUGGUUCCGGAACUCUGAAGAGAUCCCUAUCGAUCCCAAAACCAGCCCCCGAUUCAUGAACGCGUCAUACACAAUGGACCCUGAGACAGGAGUGCUGAGCUUUGGAGCCGUCAGAAAGGAGGAUGGAGGAGAGUAUUUCUGUCGAGCGAAGAAUGAAGCAGGAUAUUCUGAAUGCAGGGCUCAGAAGAUGGAAGUUUAUGAUUUGAAUGUGGCUGGAAUCGUACUCGGUGUGGUGGUUGUGAUAACAGUGUUGGCCCUGGUAACGGCAGGAAUCUGCUGUGCAUACAGGAGAGGCUACCUCCACAGCCAGCAGAAGGAUGACAAGUUCAAGGCACCAGCUAAAAGUGAUGGUGUUGACUAUGUACGGACAGAGGAGGAGGGCGACUUCCGGCACAAAUCCUCCUUUAUUAUCUGAGAGCGGAGAGACAGACAGAGACUCUUUACUUUGGAGGACGACAAGUCCUUUCAAGGACUAACAAUCAAAACCACAGCUGCCCAUGAUGUCAGAUAGCAACAAUCACUAUGGUGAUGGAGAUGCCAUGUCGCAUAGCAACUUUGGACAAUUUCUUUGCUACAUAUUUUUGAAUCUAAAUGCAGGCACACACACAGGUUAUACACACAUGCACACAUACACACACACACACACACACACACACACACACACACACACACACAGACACACAUAAGCAGUUUCCAGUGUGCCUUUUCCUUUUUGUUGAAAAACCAUCAAUCAGCUCACACACACACACACACACACACACACACACACACACACACACACACACACAUAUACAUGCUUCUACACUCUUAAACAAUCAUAUUGUGGUAAAGCUUGGCACACAAGAACACAUGAGCACGCUUUCCACCCCAGACAUGAAACACACACACACACACACACACACAACAUCAACAACAACAAAAACAACAACAACAACAACAACAACAAUAACAAUAAGUAAGUUUAUCUCCCUCUAUCUCUAUCUCUAUCUCUUUCUCUUUAUUUUUCACACAUACACACACACAGACUGAUUUGAUACUGGAAUCUGGAUACUGGUUACUGGAUAAUUCACACACACACACACACACACACACACACACACACACACACACACAUGCACAUACACUUUAACCUAUGAUAGGAAUAACCUGAAGUGACACACACACAUACAUACACCACACAUACACACCCUCUCUGUCACACAGUCAUACCCCUACACACUCUCUCAUAAUCAUACACAGCAUAUAUAUUUUUAUGAGCUUAAAGAUGUCUCUUGGUGUGUCUAUGUGUAUUCAGAGUUCAUUGCCAAAGGAAAGAAAAUUAUUCAAAAGCAUUUUAUGACUGAUGAGAAUCUGAGAAUCAGUCAGCACCAUCUUCAUAUCACUGGUCCUGACUCAUCUCCUGUCUCCUGUCAGAUAGUUUGUACAGGAAGCACACACACAAAUAGUCUGUGUGAAUACAGACACACACACACACACACACACACACACACACACACACACACACAUACAUAUCAGAUAGUCCUUGUAAGUAUACUCAAAUGUCAGAUGACAUUGAAAUUUGUGCUGUUUCAUCUGUGUGUCUGUGUUUGUGUGUGCGUGUAUGUGUGUGUGUGUGUGUGUGUGUGUGUGUGUGUGUGUGUGUGUGUGUGUGUGUGUGUGUGUGUGUAGACUAUGGCAUAUCUAGUAGCUGGAAUUCCACAUCAACCCAAAGUAUGAGAGGCAGGUUUCCGUGUAUGGGUUAAGCCUAGGGUUGGUGUUAAGGGUUAAGGGUAGGGUUGGUGUUAAGGGUUAAGGGUUAAGGGUAGGGUUGGGCUUAGAGUUAAGGGUUGCGGUUAGGGUUAAUAGUAGGGGUGGGGUUAGAGGUCGUGGUUAGGGUUAGGGAUAAAGUUGGUUAGGGGUCGAGGUUGGGGUCAGGGCUAGUGUUUUUAUUCAAUGGAAAUUUUCAAGGAAGUUUUCUUUUAGUCCAGAGGUGCGUUCAAAUGUGCAAACAUAGGCGAACAUUUUUUACGAACAGGUUUCUGUUUGCCCUUGAGAACGUUUGCGAACACCUCCUCCAGUCUGAGGAGGUAGUUCUCUGCAAACAUGCAGUGGAGCUGGACAAAGUGUUACCGUUACAAUGGAAUGUUUACACUAAAUCGUUCAAAUUCAACUGUUCAGAGAAAACAUGUUUGCCUAUGACCGCUCGCCACUGUUUGCCACAUUUUGAACGCAUCUCAGGUCUAGGCUUAAUCCAUAUAUGGGAGUGUGUCCUGUGGCGUCCCAUCAGCACGUCACUGCCUUGCAGUGCCUUCCGUCAGAGCCGUGACCUCUGUGUGGAUGCAUGACCUCUGUGUUGGCACACAACCUUGGUGUGGACGCAUGACCUUGGGCUGAGCUUCAAGGUAUGAUUUCAGUAGACAUGUCAUUUUCAGACCUCACAGAUGGAUGCCGAAUGCCUUGUGAGGCCAUCCAUGUAUUUAUGUACACAAAGAGAGAAAAAGAAUCAUUCAGCUUUUUGGUUAAUGAAUCUGAAUAGGCGUACACAUUGUUUCUUGAUAGAAAAUAUGAUGUAUUUUUUCUUGUGUGUGUGAUUUUGUUACUAACUGAAAAAACCCUGAUAUUGUUGAGACAUUUUAUUUUUAUGGUCUGAUGUUGAAAGCAAGAAUAUAUUUUAGCGAGUCAUACAGAGGAAUGAGAUGCAUUCUCUUGCAGGGUGUGUUGAUAGCUGUUGUGUUAUACACUUUUUUUGAGAUGAAAAUGUUGGAAAAAUUCAAAUAAAAAUUUUCAAAAAAUG